AUGGUCAAAGCCGUAGUAGCCGGAGCCGCAGGAGGCAUUGGACAGCCCCUCUCUCUGCUCCUCAAGUCCUGCCAACACGUCACUGAGCUCGCCCUCUACGAUGUCGUCAACACACCAGGUGUCGCUGCCGAUCUGUCGCACAUCUCGACCCCAGCAGCUGUCACAGGUUUCCUGCCAAAGGAGGACGGUAUGCAAAAGGCCCUCACCGGCGCUGAUGUCGUUGUCAUCCCUGCUGGUAUUCCCCGCAAGCCGGGUAUGACCCGUGAUGAUCUCUUCAAGAUCAACGCCGGUAUCGUUCAGGGCCUCAUCGAGGGUGUUGCCAAGUACUGCCCCAAGGCGUUCGUGCUUGUCAUCUCCAACCCCGUCAACUCGACCGUUCCCAUCGCCGCCGAGGUCCUCAAGAAGGCAGGCGUCUUCGACCCCAAGAGGCUCUUCGGUGUCACCACCCUCGAUGUCGUCCGCGCUGAGACCUUUGUCGCUGAGAUCACCGGCGAGAAGAACCCCGGCAACCUGAACAUCCCCGUCAUUGGCGGCCACUCCGGCGAGACUAUCGUACCUCUGUUCAGCCAGUCAAAGCCGAGCGUAAACAUCCCGGCCGACAAGAUGGAGGCUCUUAUCAAGCGCGUCCAAUUCGGUGGUGACGAGGUUGUUCAGGCAAAGGAGGGCGCUGGAUCCGCUACUCUUUCCAUGGCCUACGCCGGAUACCGCUUCGCCGAGAAGGUCAUUAAGGCCUCCAAGGGCGAGAAGGGCAUCGUAGAGCCCAGCUACGUCUACCUACCUGGUGUUGAGGGCGGAGAUGCUAUCUCCAAGGCCACCGGUCUUGAGUUCUUCUCCGUGCCCAUCGAGCUUGGCCCCAACGGUGCCGAGAAGGCCAUCGACGUUGUCAGCAGCGCCAACGACCAAGAGAAGAAGCUUCUCCAGGCCUGCUACGACGGCCUGAAGGGAAACAUCAGCAAGGGCGUCGAGUUCGUCGCCAACCCUCCCGCUAAGUGA